ACAAGUGAAUCUAUUUCCAGUGGGUGUCCAGACUAAGUAGAUUGAGUUACAGAAGAACACAUGUUGCAAACUUUCAGUCUCACACACUACAACUUUUCAGGAGAGGACACAAGCCUGACAAAAUACACACAAGAUGGAGAUGUUGGACCUGUUGAUCAUCGGCAGCGGUCCUCACGCCUUGACCCUGGCCAGCCUCCUGUCCCGCUCACACCUCGAGCCGGGACAGGAAGAACCUCUUCCUCCUGCAUCCUGCGGGGAUCCUCCUGGACUUGACUUCAAGGAGGAAGCAGACCACAAGACCAAGAGGAAGGACCCAGUUUCUUUCAGGACAGGAGUCGCUGGGGGCGAGUCCACGCCAGGUGAUGAUGAUGAUGAUGAUGAUGAUGAUGAUGAUGAUGUCAUCACGCCACCCAUCAGCUUCCUGGUGGUGGACAGCUAUGGACGCUGGACCUCUUUGUGGAGCAGUCAGUUCUCUGCUCUCAACAUCACUCACCUGCGCUCACACUCCCUGCUGCACACUGACCCAUUCAACAAGAUGGCGCUGCAGGAGUUUGCGUUAAAGAACAAUCGCACGGCCGAGCUCCACAGUCUUCCCGAGCAGAUGUUCAUCCUGGACGAAAACACUUUCUUCAACGACACGCCGCUCGGCAAGAAGGAGAGGAAACGUCUGAAGGUCACCUCCACACUCCACAAGGACAUCUUCCUCAGUCUGCCGGGGACCAAACUCUCUGUGGACUUCUUUCAAGACCAGGUGCGGCGCUACGACUUGGAGAAGGUGGUGGUGGCGGGAAGCGUGACUCGCAUCCUUCCCGUGGUCGAAGAAGCCGAGCAGGAAGACCGUGGCUCCGCCCCAAAAGGAGGCGGGGCAAGGCGGGUGGCGCACUUUCAAGUCCACUUUCAAGACGGCGCCAUGCGGCAAGCCCGACGCGUCGUCAUGGCAACGGGCCCCACCCGGGCCCAGAUGGCCAACAUUCCGCCGUGGGUGACGGAGCUGGAGGAGAAGUUUCCGGAAGGACGCCUGCAGCACACGGUGCGCCUCAUGCACGCUCGGUCGGCCGGGGGCGGGACAGGAACGGUGGUGUGUGAGCCGGGUCACAGGGUCAUGGUGGUGGGUGGAGGGCUGACCAGCGCCCACGUGGUCGCCAUGGCGCUGCAGCGAGGUGCCAGUCAUGUGACCUGGGUGAUGCGGAAGCACCUGCAGCUGAGGCAGUUUGACGCGGGCGACCUGGAGGGUCUGCUGGGCCGGUACUCACACCUGGACCACGGCGUCAAGAUGGACGCCCGGGCGCACCUGAGACAGUUCUACCAGCAGAGGAGUCUUCACGCACGCCUGGCGAUGAUUGGUCAGGCCAGGAAGGGAGGGGCCGUCACCCCCCAGGCCUACAUGCACCUGAAGCCUUUUAUUCUGAAAGGACAGGUGGAAGUCAGGUCUUACUGUCAGGUGUUGGAUGCCAGCUGGUGCUACAAGAAGCAGGAGUGGAGACUUCACCUGAGCAGUGGAGAUGAUUGGACAGGAGACAUGAUUUGGUUGGCCACUGGAUGUAAGCUGGAUGUCAGACAAGAUCCUCUGCUCUCUGACGUCAUGAGCAUCUUCCCCAUCCAGGUGUUGGAUGGAUGGCCGUGCAUCUCUGAGAGCCUGCAGUGGACGGAGGGCUGUCCCCUCUACCUGAUGGGACAGUACACCGCUCUGCAGGUACGUCUUCUGUUCAUCACAAGAUGGACACAUGAGGUGGUGUUCAUCAUCUGUGCAGAUCGGAGCCCAUGCUGUGAAUCUGGCAGGUGGACAAGCAGCCAGCAUGAGGAUCGCCAGAGACAUCCAGCAGCAUCACAAGAAGAAGAAGAAGAUGGAAGAAAGUCGUCUGAGUGCGAGAAGACUGACUAGUGAAGAAUACGUUCAGCAAAUGCAUGGACUUUUAUGGCUGUAACUGUGACCUCAAUUACAAAAUAUAAUGUUUAAAUAAAAAUGUUGAAAUUUAUUAAAUUA